UCCAAACUAACCACAGAUGUUCUAUGACUUUAAGAAGGUUUUUUUUACUUGGAUAGAUUUAUUUUUAUGAAAGAGGAAAUUUAUUGAUCCAAGAUUCUGGCCGUAGUAGAUCUUACUAUGUCCAGUAACGAGCGAGUGCAAGAAGAACUGGAAGCUCUAGAAGCAAUUUUAAUGGACGAUAUUUCAAUAACAUAUGAUAACAAUGGUUGUGCUGAACUAGUCAAGUCUAUAAUCUUCCCUUCGACGGGUAAUGAAGUAGAUAAGCAGUAUGUAUGUGUCACUUUAGAAGUAAGCCUUCCCGAAGGUUAUCCAGAUAUCAAGCCUAUUAUUCAAUUGAGAAACCCGAGAGGGCUAGAUGAUUCAACAAUUGAAUACUUGAACAAGGCUUUAAGAGACAAAUGUGAUGAAUAUUUGGGACAACCUGUAAUUUUUGAACUUAUAGAGUUAAUUAGAGAAAACUUAACACAAAGCAAUUUGCCCACAUGUCAGUGUACUGUGUGCUUGUAUGGUUUCUCUGAAGGGGAUAGUUUCACCAAAACCCAGUGCUUUCACUAUUUCCAUUCAUAUUGUCUAGCCAAACAUAUAAUUGUAACAGAGAAACACUUUAAAGAGGAACAAGAGAAACUUCCAGCCUGGAAAAGGUGCUCAAUUGGAUAUCAGGCGACAUGCCCUGUAUGCCGGGAACAAAUUACUUGUGAUGUUGCGGACCUUAGAAAAGCUCCUCCACCUAUAGAACUUGAAAAAGCUCAAAACUUUGAACUCACCCGCGAUCUGCGAAUCUUCCAGGAAAAAAUGAAAGAACUAUACAAUUAUCAAAAAAGUCGCGGAGGAAUUAUUGACGUGGAAGCCGAAGAAAACAAAUUGCUGUUAAUAACAAAUUCCAAUGAUAAUUCGACUUCAGAAAAUACAAAUGCGGGACCUAGUCUUUCAAGUUCCGUGAAUGAUGAAACAGUGGAGAAUGAAGUACUUAACCGAAACCAAAGAUUUCAAUCCAAAUAUACACAUAAUAGAUGACUAAGGCAUUCCAGCAUGCAUAUCCAUUUGUUCAGUGACAUAUUCCAGAAUACUCUUCUAAAUUAUAUUUGUUUUUGAUAUUUAUUAAGUAUUUAACAACUUGUAAGACAUCUGUUGGUUAGGUUUUAUUAUAUAAUUGUUGUUUAUGUUUUUUUGAUUAUUUUCUAUGUUAAAUAUAUACAUAA